AUGGCGACAAUGGCGGUUAAGGUGUGGGUGGUGGCAAUGAUGCUGGUUGUGCACUGCUUCGACGUAGGGCUUGGAGCUGGAGGCGACGGCCUGUGCCUGGGCUCGCCCGACUACGGCGACGCGCUAGCCAAGGCCAUCCUCUUCUUCGAGGGGCAGCGGUCGGGGCGGCUGCCGGCUAACCAGAGAGUCAGUUGGCGCGGCAACUCCGCGCUCGCCGACGGCCGACCUGAAAACGUUAACCUGACGGGUGGGUACUACGACGCCGGCGACAACGUCAAGUUCGGGUUCCCGAUGGCCUUCACGGUGACCCUGCUGAGCUGGAGCGCCAUCGAGUUCCGUGGCGACGUCGCGGCGGCGGGGCAGCUGGGCAACCUCGGGGCCGCCAUCCAUUGGGGCGCUGAUUUCCUGCUCCGCGCGCACACAUCUCCCACCACCCUCUAUACCCAGGUGGGGGACGGGAACGCCGACCACGGGUGCUGGGAGCGGCCGGAGGACAUGGACACGCCGAGGACCCUGUACAAGGUCACCGCGGACUCGCCCGGGUCGGAGGCCGCCGGCGAGGCGGCUGCGGCGCUCGCGGCGGCCUACCUAGUGCUCAAGGAAGACGGCGACAAGGCGUUCGCCUCGCGGCUCCUGGCCGCGUCCAAAUCGCUCUUUGAGUUGGCCAACAAUUACAGGGGAUCCUUCCAGUCGUCCUGCCCCUUCUACUGCUCCUACUCCGGCUUUCAGGAUGAGCUGCUCUGGGCCUCGGCGUGGCUCUACCGGGCGACCAAGGACGGCAAGUACCUCGACUUCCUGCGCCAGAACCAGGGCUCCAGCAACCCGGUCAACGAGUUCAGCUGGGACAACAAGCAGGUUGGAGCCCAGAUGCUCGCAACACAGGAGUAUUUGAAAGGAAGGAGAGAGCUAGACAGGUACAAGGCCAACCUGGACUCCUUCGUCUGCGCCCUCAUGCCUGACAGCGGCAAUACGCAGAUACGCACAACUCGUGGAGGGCUCCUCUUCACACGCGAUUCAGUGAACAUGCAGUACACCACCACGGCGGCCCUCGUGCUCUCCAUCUACGCCAAGACGCUCGAGUCCUGGGGCGUCUCCGACGGCGUCCGCUGCAGCGCCGCGAGCUUCUCCCCGGACCAGAUCGCCUCGUUCGCCGCGUCGCAGGUCGACUACAUCCUGGGGAGCAACCCGAUGGGCAUGUCGUACAUGGCGGGCUUCGGCGGCGCCUUCCCGCGGCGCAUCCACCACCGCGCCGCCUCCAUCCCCUCCAUCAAGGUGCUCACCCGGACGGUCCCCUGCAACGAGGGCUUCUCCUCCUGGCUGCCCACCAGCGACCCCAACCCGAACGUCCAUGUCGGCGCCAUCGUCGGAGGGCCCGACGAGAACGACCAGUUCGGGGACAACAGGGGGGACUCGGCGCACUCCGAGCCGGCCACCUACAUCAACGCCGCCUUCGUGGGCGCCUGUGCUGCUGCCAUGGGGCAGAGCCAGAAGCCUGCGUCGCCGACUUUGGCUUCUUACUAG